UAGGCCGGCUUCGGGUCCCUGGCGGCUGAGCGGAGUCGCCGCCAUGUUUGGCUGCUUGGUGGCAGGGAGGCUGGUGCAAACAGCUGCACAGCAAGUGGCAGAGGAUAAAUUUGUUUUUGACUUGCCUGAUUAUGAAAGUAUCAACCACGUUGUGGUUUUUAUGCUGGGAACAAUCCCAUUUCCUGAGGGAAUGGGAGGAUCUGUCUACUUUUCCUAUCCUGAUUCAAACGGAAUGCCUGUAUGGCAACUCCUAGGAUUUGUCACAAAUGGGAAACCAAGUGCCAUCUUCAAAAUUUCAGGUCUUAAAUCUGGAGAAGGAAGCCAACACCCUUUUGGAGCCAUGAAUAUUGUCCGGACUCCAUCUGUUGCUCAGAUUGGAAUUUCAGUGGAAUUAUUGGACAGUUUGGCUCAGCAGACUCCAGUAGGCAAUGCUGCUGUAUCCUCAGUUGACUCAUUCACUCAGUUCACACAAAAGAUGUUGGACAACUUCUACAAUUUUGCUUCAUCAUUUGCUGUCUCUCAGGCCCAGAUGACACCGAGUCCAUCUGAAAUGUUCAUUCCAGCAAAUGUGGUUUUGAAAUGGUAUGAAAACUUUCAAAGACGACUAGCACAGAACCCUCUCUUUUGGAAAACAUAAUUUGAAUAAAAUAAUUUUUAAUGGA